AUGGCCACAUCCCCGUACCCAGAGGCGAUCAAAGAGGAGGAAGGGUCCGUGGAGGGCCGGAAUGUUCCAAUGCCGGAUGUGACUCUAGAGGAGGAGCUCGCCGAAUCCCUCAUGCCGCUCAAGUGGGUGUUCUUCCCCGAGGCAGACCCCAUUCAGCAGUUCGUGGAAAGCCGUGGCGGGAGAAGAUCUGGGUGUUCCUCAAGGGCGUGUUCCCGAUCCUGGAGUGGCUGCCCAAGUACGACCUGUGGUACUACCUGCUGGGUGACAUCAUCGGGGGGGUGUCCAUCGCUAUAAUGUCCGUGCCUCAGGACCUCUAGUGAGCAAGUACGCCAACCUCCCUCUCUCGCCCCGCCAACCUAGCCCGGCCAACCUAGCGCCCCGCUUGUGUGUCCCUCUGUGUGUGUGUCUACCUCCCCCUCGCCCUCUCGCGCCAUCCCAGGACGUGUCAUACGCCAAGCAGCAGUUUCAUCCCGCCUCUGCUGUACCGCGAUACAGGGCUCCUCCAAGCACUUCAUGAUCGCCCCUGUGUCCGUCGUGUCUCAGCUGCUGGGCAUCACCCUCAGCGCCAUAGUGGACCCCAACGCCGACCCUGCUCUCCCCUCUUCCCGUCGCACAAGCCCGUGUGGGUGCAGAGGGUCGAGGCUCUGGAGGCCGAGGGAAUCACAGUGAGCGAGGAGGAGCAAGCUGCAGAGAUGAUGAUGACUGAUUUGUGAUUGUGAUUGAAGAGAAGUGAUUAUGCUGUCUGGCAUGUUGAUGCUUUGUAGGCGGGGGCUCUGGAGGCCAAGGGGGUUGCUGUGAGAGAGGAGCAAGCCGCACAGAUGACGCUGAUUAUGAUGGUGCUGAUGGUGAUAAUGAUGGCGGUGGGUGACAUCUGAUGCUGAUGGCGCCUGUAAUGUGCUGGUGCCGGUGCUGGUGGGUGGAUGAGCAUGCAUGACCUAGAGCCUCAGAUGGCCCGCGCUGCGCAGAGCUGCCGGGGGGCACAUGAAACUCCCCAGGGUCCAUUCUCCACCUCCAGUCUACUGUAGGUACUAAACAAGGUCAGGCGUUCCUGGCCAGGUUGUGUGCGCCUGUUUUUCCUGCUGCUUGUUUCCUGCCUCACCUGCUUAAAGUCAUGGGACAUUGGAUCUUGGGGCGUACCGAUCUUGAAGCCUAUUUCUGUAAAGUAUUGUAUAUUUAUUGCAGCAUACCCUGCUGAA